AGAAGCAUCUUCUCUAUGGGCGCCCUGCAGUACUGUACCGCACAAAAUACAAUAUCUUGCAUCACCAUGACUUUGAAAGUGGCUACAGUGAAACAUUCCUGAUGCCUCUCUGGACAUCCUACACUAUUUCCAAACAGGCGGAGGUAUCUGGUGUCCCAGAGCACCUGGCCAGCUGUGUGAGACCCGACCUCCGCAUUUCUCCAGGAAACAGCCAGAGCUGCACAGCCUACCGAGGCGACAAACAGCUCUCCUAUGGCUUCCUUUUCCCUCCUCAAUUAAGUUCCUCUGCAGAAGCAAAAUAUGAUGCUUUUCUAAUAACAAAUAUCAUUCCAAUGUAUCCUGCUUUCAAAAAGGUAUGGAACUAUUUCCAGAGAGUUUUGGUGAAGCGAUAUGCCACUGAGCGAAAUGGAGUCAAUGUUAUAAGUGGACCGAUCUUUGACUAUGACUACGAUGGUUUACAUGACACACCUGACAAAAUAAAACAGUUUGUGGAAGGCAGCGCCAUCCCCGUUCCUACUCAUUACUAUGCCAUCAUAACCAGCUGCUUAGAUUUCACUCAGCCAGCCGACAAGUGUGAUGGACCACUCUCCGUUCUCUCGUACAUCCUUCCCCACCGGCCUGACAAUGACGAGAGCUGCAAUAGCUUCGAGGAUGAAUCAAAGUGGGUUGAAGACCUUCUUAAGAUGCACACUGCACGUGUGCGUGACAUUGAACAACUCACAAGCUUGGACUUCUUCCGAAAGACCAGUCGCAGCUACACAGAAAUCCUCUCCCUAAAGACAUACCUGCAUACGUUUGAAAGUGAAAUUUAGCUUUCUAACCUUACUCAGUGCAUCCUUUUAUCAACUGGUGUAUAUUUUUAUAUUGUUUUUAUAUUUAUUAAUUUUAAACCAGGACAUUAAAAAUAUUAGUAUUUUAAUCCUGUAUCAAAUCUUAAAUAUUAAACCUUUGUGUCAUUUGUUUCAUUUCUCUAAUGUUUAAUAUAGGUAUGUCUCUUGGUUUAUUUAGUAGUGCUUGUAAUACCGCAGCUUGAGUCCUUACUCUGAGCUUUUAAGUGGUGCUGCAGGAUUUAAUACAUGCAUCAAGGAAAUAUUAAUUUCCCAUGCUCCUUUACCACACUUAUAGUCCUGUACUGUGUAUCAAAAUACUGAACAUGUAAAGUUACAUUCAUUUACUGUUAACUAUGUGACAGACAUAUUUAAACCCUAUAGGCAAAUAGCAUCUUAAAUAUAAUAAACCACACAUUCAGUUUU